AAACUUGAGUAUGUGAUCACGCGCAUCAGAUCAGCGGAAGGCAGGCGGAGAUGCCAUGCCCAAUCCCAAAGAAAUCAGUUAACGCUGUCCAGAGUUAUAAACAAAUCCCCUCAUAUCAUUUCAAUGAUUAUCUUCAUCUCCUUGAAGAUUGCAUAUCAUCAAAAUCAUUAACACCAGGCAAACUAAUCCAUCAAAAUCUCCUCAAAAACCCGAACUUUAACACCAAAAACAAAUCUUGUAUUACGUUACUGGAUAAGCUUUCUAAGCUCUUUAUUACAUGCAGCAAACCAGAACUAGCUCAUAAAACCUUCAACUCAAUCCCAAGCCCAGAAAGGCAAAAGAAGGGAAUUUUAUGGAACCAAUUGAUUAGGUCCUACGCUUGGGAAGGACCCUUUGAGAACGCCAUCCAUUUGUACUAUGAGAUGGUGGAUAUUGGAGUCAAACCCACAAAAUUUACAUACCCUUUUGUCCUUAAAGCUUGUGCUGCAUUGCAAGAUAUAGAUAAUGGUGUGAAGAUUCAUGAUCAUGUAAAAAGAGAUGGGCUUGCCUCAGAUGUUUAUAUUUCUACAGCUUUGGUUGAUUUGUAUGUUAAAUGUGGGUGUUUGCUUGAGGCGAGACAGGUGUUUGAUGAAAUGCCUGAGAGAGAUGUUGUUGCAUGGAAUGCAAUGAUUUCAGGGUUCUCGAUUCAUGGGAUGUAUGGGGAUGUGAUUCAUUUACUUUUGGAAAUGCAAGAAGUGGGAGUGAGUCCUAAUUCUUCAACUUUUGUGACCAUUUUGCCAGUGAUUGGGGAGGCGAAUGAGGUGAUUGCUGGAAAGGCUGUUCACGGGUUGUCUGUGAGGAGGGGAAUUGAUAGUGAUGUCAUGAUGGGAACAGGGCUUUUGGAUAUGUAUGGAAAAUGUGGGUGGUUAGUUUAUGCAAGGAGGAUAUUUCAUGCAAUGACUUUCAGAAAUGAGGUGACCUGGAGUGCGAUGAUUGGAGCUUGUAUUGCUUGUGAUUGCACUCAAGAGGGGCUGGAAUUGUUUGAGCAAAUGAGGGUGGAGGAUGUUGGAAGUCUUUCACCUGUAACACUUGCAACUGUUAUCCGAGGUACGGCUAAGCUGAUUGAUCUGAAGGUAGGAAAACAGAUACAUGGUUACACUGUUAAGUUAGGGUCCAAUUUGGUUUUGAUGGUUGCUAAUACACUUCUUUCAAUGUAUGCAAAAUGUGGUAUUCUGGAUGAUGCAACAAAGUUCUUUGAGGAAAUGAGUUUCAAGGACUCUGUUUCUUAUAGUGCUCUUAUCUCCGGAUGUAUUCAAAAUGGAAGUGCAGAGGAGGCUUUGCAAAUUUUCCGUGCAAUGCAGUUGUCUGCAGUUGAGCCAAUAUUAGCAACCAUGAUGGGACUCUUGCCAGCUUGUUCACAUGUGGCAGCUCUACGACAUGGGUAUUCUUGUCAUGCUUAUUCUAUAGUGCGUGGAUUCACUGCAGAUGUGUCGCUUUGUAAUGCUUUAAUUGACAUGUAUUCCAAGUGUGGUAAGAUUGACGUGGCCAGAGUUGUUUUUGAUAAGAUGCAUAAGAAGGAUUUAGUCUCUUGGAAUGCAAUGAUCAUUGGUUAUGGAAUUCAUGGACUUGGAGUCGAAGCUAUUUCAGUGUUCCAGAAUAUGCAGGUUGUCGGACAAAAUCCAGAUGAAGUAACUUUUAUUGGUCUUUUAUCUGCUUGCAGUCACUCAGGACUUGUUGCUGAAGGAAAGCAUUGGUUUCAAUCCAUGAGUCAGGAAUUCAGCAUCAAACCAAGGAUAGAUCACUAUUUGUGCAUCGUAGAUCUUUUGGGUCGUAAUGGACUUUUGGAUGAGGCCUUCAAUUUCAUCCAGGGGAUGCCAUUGAAACCUGAUGUGCGUAUCUGGAAUGCGUUGCUUUCUGCUUGUCGGGUCUAUAAGAAAAUCGAACUGGUAGAAGAAAUAUCAAAUAAAAUUCAGAGCCUAGGGCCUGAAAGUACAGGCAAUUUUGUUCUCUUAUCAAACAUUUACAGCACUGUUGGGAGAUGGGAUGAUGCUGCUGACGUUAGAGUUAUGCAGAAGGGGUUGGGUUUCAGAAAGAGCCCAGGAAGUAGUUGGAUUGAAGUAAAUGGGGUUAUCCAUGCAUUUGUUGGUGGAGACCGAUCUCAUUCACAAUCAGCCAAAAUAAAUGAGAAAUUGCUGCAAUUACAAGCAGAAAUGAAAAAGUUGGGCUAUAUGGCAGAACCUGAUUUUGUUUAUCAAGAUGUUGAAGACGAAGAGAAGGAACACAUCCUUCUUUAUCAUAGUGAAAAGCUUGCUGUUGCAUUUGGAUUGCUAAACCUGGAUGAGGAAAAAGCCAUUUUUGUCACAAAGAAUUUGCGGGUGUGUGGUGAUUGCCACACUGCACUUAAAUUUAUGACUCUUAUCACGAAGAGGCAAAUAAUUUUGAGGGAUACGGUUCGCUUUCACCAUUUUUCGGAAGGAAGAUGCAGCUGUGGAGAUUUCUGGUGAAAAAAAAAAUAAAUGAUGAAGGUUGGUGGUGUCAUGAACCAGAGUCUCUCAGUCUCUCUCUCCCAAGCUAAGCUCGGAAAUCCAGGGCCUCAAGCUAGGUACUCCAAACACUUCCUGUUGAUCUUUUAUAUCCAUAUGACGUUGACUGAUUUCUAGAAGCUUAAGAAUGCUUCAACCGUGACAUAGGUUUUAUUUUUAGUUUUUUCACACGCGCUUAGUUACAUGGUAGUUCUGUUCUAGUCCUGCAAUAUGUAUAUAUGUUGAGUCUGAAGGAUAGCCUUGUCAUUAGCCUGAACGAUCGGAGUUAUGCUGGCACUCGACAUACCUGGUACUAGUUUUCAGGAAUGUGAUGCGUAACAGAUCCCUCUGACGUUUCUUUUUCUCCUGGACAGACUUGUUUUUGUAGUUAACAGAGUGCUUGCAAUAGGCA